GCCCGCCCGCCCCGCCUGCCUUUCCUCGCCGCCGGGGUGCUCGAGUCUCGUUCUGUCCCCCUCCUCCUCCGCCCCGCCGGCCUGACUUUUUCUCUCUGUCUCCCUCCUUCUCUCAGAGGAUGUCCGCCUUCCAACUCAACCUCAACCCGCUCAAGGAGCCGCUCGGCUUCAUCAAGGUCCUCGAGUGGAUUGCUUCCAUCUUUGCUUUUGCCACCUGUGGAGGUUUUAAGGGUAAAAUAGAAAUUCUAGUGACUUGUCUUAAAAGUACUGAAAAUAAAACUGUUACAGCCACUUUUGGUUAUCCAUUCAGGUUGAAUCAGGAGUCAUUUCAGUCAUCUCCAGUAAACAUAUGCGAUGUAAACUGGAAAAAUUUUGUCCUUAUAGGAGAUUUCUCCUCUUCUGCACAAUUUUAUGUUACAUUUGCAGUCUUUGUUUUUCUGUACUGCAUUGCUGCUCUUCUCCUUUAUGUUGGUUACAUGAACCUAUAUCGGGAUAGUCGAAAACUUCCCAUGAUUGACUUCAUUGUUACUCUUGUUGCCACUUUUUUGUGGUUGGUGAGCACCUCAGCCUGGGCUAAAGCUCUUACAGAUAUUAAACUAGCUACCGGUCCCAGUAUUGUCGAGGAACUUCUGCCUUGUUCCAAGCCUUCAAAAUUGACGUGUCAUUAUGCCUCUGUCACUAGUAUGGGAUCCUUAAAUGUGUCUGUGAUCUUUGGCUUUCUGAAUAUGAUACUUUGGGUAGGAAAUGCUUGGUUUGUGUACAAGGAGACCAGCUUACACAGUCCAUCAAAUACAUCUGCUCAUGGUCAAGGAGGUAUUCCACCUCCUGCUGGAAUGUAAACAGAGAAAUGCACUGUGUGAAAUAUAUGACCUGUUGCCAACAUCUUGAGAAGCAUUGUUUGUUUCUAAUAAAAGUAAUGGCUUUUUCAGUAAA